AUGGAGUACUCUCAAGGAGGUUCACAAGUAAGGCGACUUCACAUCGUCUACUUCCUUAGUAGAAAUGGUCAUAUCGAGCACCCCCAUCUCAUUCGAGUCCAUCAUCUCUCAAGAAUUGGUGUACACUUGCGAGAUGUUAAGAGAUGGUUGGCAGAAUUACGAGGAAAGGACAUGCCUGAAACCUUUGCUUGGUCAUAUAAGAGGCGGUACAAGACAGGUCAUGUGUGGCAAGAUUUGCUAGACGAUGAUCUAAUCACUCCAAUCUCGGAUAAUGAAUACAUUCUCAAGGGAUCAGAGAUUAUCCCUACAACUUUUCAUAAAGAGAUUUCAUAUGCUGAAAAGCAAGUUCCCAUGCAAACCAAGCCCUCACUUGAAGAAGAUGAAGAGAAGAAACCCAUAGAAACUCAAACACAAUCAGAAACCUCAAUUGAUGUUUCCACAGAAGAAUCCACAAUAUUUGGUUCGGAAACAUCUACUUCGACAGAUAAUUCAGCGAAACUUGAAGUAUAUGAGAAGAAUUCAGAUACAAUAAGUGAACAAGAUCAAUCAAUUCAAAUGGAAAAGAAAAGGAAAAAUAAAGUGCAAAUCGAAAUAAUUGAUAGGCCGAUGGCUUCAUCAAUUAAAUCAUCAUCUGAAUCUUGUUACGCAAAAGGCACGAGCCAUUCAAGCAGAGGAUCCCAAAUAUUUCGUAACUUGAUCACUUGUCGUGCUUUAGAUACUAAUGAUUCAGCUGUCGUGAUGAUCAAUAGUAAAAAUAGUGAGAUAUGCAAAGGAGAGAAACUUGGAGGGUCUCAGAGGAUGUUUGGGACUACAUUGAACCAACAACCAUGGAAUACUGGCAGGAAGAGCUGUGAUGGGGUGAUGGAUUCAAAGAAAAAUUCCGGUGAAUUCAUUAAUCAAAGAACGACACGCAAUGCUUACAAACUCGUUAAUAACCCAAAUUGCUCGCAAUGCGGGAAGGAAUUCAAGCCAGAGAAGCUGCAUGCACAUAUGAAAUCCUGCAAAGGAAUCAAAGCCACUUCACGAAGAUCAAUUCAGCUUUUGGCUACAACGUAA